UCUCCGUUUGGACUCGUACGGCUGCUGGAAGUACCUCAAGUGACUGAUGCAUCUUCGACUGGUGCACCACCCGCAUGUUGUUGAGACGGUGGACCCUGUUGUAUACGGUCGACCAUUGAGGAGGAGGAGCACCAGGGAGGAGGGGGGGGGAGGGACUGUUGGCUGGUGGUUGCCGGGGUAACCGGGGACCAUGCCGGGGGGCCGCAGGGGCCCCAGCAGACAGCAGCUGAGUCGCUCUGCUCUGCCGUCCCUGCAGACCCUAGUCGGGGGGAACCUCAGCAACGGCACGGGCUUCAGGAACAGGAGCAGUAACUCGGUGGGGCUGUCGGCUCCGCCCCUCUCGGCGCUCAUCACCCCGGAGCCGGUGCGUCACUCCAAGAUCCCCGAGCUGCCGUUGGACAGCAGCCUGGUGUUUGAGUUCCUGCUCUUCCUCUACCUUCUGGUGGCGCUGUUCGUCCAGUACAUGAACAUCUACCGCACGGUGUGGUGGUACCCCUACAGCCAGCCCGCCGCCUCCACCUCGCUGAACUUCCACCUGAUGGACUACCACCUGGCCACCUUCAUCACCGUCAUGUUGGCCAGGAGACUGGUCUGGACCAUUGUGUCUGAGGUGUCUCAGAGAGGGGGCAGCUCUCUGGUGCGGUCGGGCCUGCUGAUCACAGCACGUCUCUGCCUGCUGACGCUGUGUGGCUGGGUGCUCUGCUGGACGCUGGUCAACCUCUGCAGGAACCACUCUGUCCUCAACCUGCUCUUCCUGGGAUACCCCUUCGGCGUGUACAUCCCCCUCUGCUGCUUCCACCAGGAGGGGGCGGCGAGGAGCCACGCCGCCGCCGCCUCCGUCUGCGGUUACCACGGCGACCAGGGGCAGCAGGGCGACCUGGUGGCCGCGGCGGCCGAGGCGCCGUUCUUCCGGCCGCGGGACUUCCUCUUCCUGCUGCGGGAGAACCUCCGCGAGCAGUUCACCAGCCCGCCGCUGGCGCCCACGCACACCUGCCCCCCGCACACGCACACGCACACGCCGGAGCUGAUCCGCGCCGAGGUGGAGGAGCUGAAGAGCGACUUCAACCGCCGCAUCAAGGAGGUGCUGUUCAACUCGCUGUUCAGCGCCUACUACGUUGCCUUCCUGCCGCUCUGCUUCGUCAAGAGCACGCAGUACUACGACAUGCGCUGGUCCUGUGAGCACCUGAUCAUGGUGUGGAUCAACGCCUUCGUGAUGCUGAUGAGUCAGCUGCUGCCGCCCAGCUACUGCGACCUGCUGCACCGCUCGGCCGCACACCUGGGCCGCUGGCAGAAGCUGGAGCACGGCUCGUACAGCAACGCACCCCAGCACGUAUGGUCAGAGAGCACCAUAUGGCCUCAGGGGGUCCUGGUGAGACACAGCCGCAGCUUGUACAAGGCGGUGGGGACCUACAACGUGGCGCUGCCCUCGGACAUCUCCCACUCCAGGUUCUACUUCCUGUUCCACAAACCCCUCCGGAUACUCAACCUGCUGAUCUGGAUCGAGUCCACCGUGGUGCUGUACCAGCUGUACUCCCUGCUGCGCUCCGAGCGCUGGAACCACACGCUCUCGCUGGGCCUCAUCCUCUUCUGCAACUACUACGUGCUCUUCAAGCUGCUCCGGGACCGCAUCGUCCUGGGCAAGGCCUACUCCUACCCCUCCUCCCCCGCCGCUCCCUCCUCCUCCUCCUCUUCCUCCUCCUCCUCCUCCUCCAACGGCCUGGGCCUCAAGUCACAGUAGCUGCCGGCUCCUCCUCCUCCUCCUCCUCCUCCUCCGAGACCUCCCCUUUGAACCUUUGGACGUAAACAAGCUCGGGGGAGAUGGUGACGCAGGGGUUGCCAUGGGAACGUGAAAGCGAGGAGGGGUGGGGGGGGGGCAGGCGUGGGGAGGAGCGCGGCGGACAUGUGGGACUGUGAACUCACGGUUAUGUUUUGAUACGGUUCUAUUUUCAUGCGAUGUUUAUAUAACUAUUUAAAGAGUAUUUUUUAUUUUGUAUACUGUCCCCCCCCCCGCCCCAUCGCUCCAGGCGUUACAGAGACCCCGAGAGGACGUCUGUCGCAUGUUGUGUUACGUUUCUUUUUCCGCAUGCCGGCAGCACAGGACCGCCAGGUUUGAUCUCACGAGGGGGGGGGGGGGGGGACUUCCUGCCAAAGAUGUACCCCGCUGCCACGGGGGGGCGUCGGCCUGCAACGCCCGGCCCGUGUGCUCCCGGUUGGCUGGUUUGAGUUUAGAUUGACUGUGGGGAUCGAUUCCUCGGUUCGGUUUAGAUGAGCCGUUCGGGGAAAACUCUUGUGUUACGAAAGUAUUUUUUUUUUAAUCGGGUCGAAGCAUCUGAAUGAAUUUGGUGCUCUGUAAAGACGGAGCCGUGUCUGAAUGGGUCAGGAGUUUGAAAGCGUUUGAGUGUGAAGCCGAGGGCUUUCCUGUGCCUUUUGUGCACGCGAAGGCACCCCUCCUCACGCUCGUGCACUCUGAGGUCAGACCGACGGGUUUCGUUCUUUGCGUCUGUACCGCAAGGCAGCUGGGGCAUCCUGUCUCACCGCAUCCUGGCACCUCUAACACGUCUAACACGCCUGUCAUAACACGCCUGUCAUCACGCGACUAAGCCUGGCAUGUUUAGUUGUCGUUAUUCUUUGGUCGUUGCUAGAAUACGGAGGAAAGAACGAGCGGUUAAGUAAGUUGUCUUUCCCGUGGACACCGGGCAUCGCCAGAUGUCCAUUGCUACGUGAUAGGUCGGUCUGCCCACACCAUACAUGGGCGACACAACACAGGCUGAUGGCUAUUGGUCAUGUGUGGCACGGACUUCCUGGUGAUCACGUUGGAAAGUAGCCCAGCAGAAAGGGGCGAUGACGGCUGAAACUAAGUGAAAUAGUUUCAUUUUGGUCGUGGAUUUCUCUACGGCCGUUUGUGUUAUCCUCUCCCUCUACCAGAACGGUGUUAGCCAGCAGGGGCCACUCUGAGGCAUGACACAGAUUCUCUGUUUUGUUACUUCUUACGCUCUGAUCUCCCGCAAUCUUUUAAACGGUGCGUUUCCUGCGUCUCGGCAGUGACAUCGUCAUUGUGCCACCACUCUCUGUGGUGAGGGAUUCCCUGCCCGCUGGCGUUCAGCUCAUCACCUACAUCUCAGUAUAAAUUAUACAGCUCAGUAUGCGGCCCACGUUGGAUGAAACCAAAGUACAAUCCUCUUUCAGGAGGAACUUCAACAUCGAAAGCGACCAAAUCGCUGCCUGUGGAAAGUGUUCCGGUCAUUCCUUCGCUCUGGUGCAGUCAGGCGUUUGUGUGUGUCAUGUAUUGACCUGUGAUGCAUGCGUAGGGAACCUCGAGGAUGACUGUUGUGCCAUAGAUGACUGUGUCUCAGUCACACCGAGUGAGUAAUGAAAUUAGUCUCUCUCUCUCUCUCUCGCUCUCUCUCUCGUUGAAUGUAUCAAACAUGGCGGUUCAGUGGGGCUGUUCAACUGGCGUGCUGUGUUACGGAGACCGAAGGUGUAUCUGUCGGCUCUGCCCAUAUGGUCCCAGUGUUUUAUUGUCUACUCCUGUGUUGUGCGCCCUGAUUGGCAACUGGAAGCCAGGGCUCGGCUUCCAGUGAAAGAGGAUGACUGGUUUCACCUCUUUUGAAGCAGGGCCCUCGCGGGAGCCAUUUGGUUGUAUUUUUCUCGUUGUUUCUUCUGGACCGCAUCCUGUAUUUUUGGUUUGGUUCGAUUUUUUGAGAAUCCUGAGAAACGCUGUUGGCUAUUUGAAUGUGUAGAGGUUAACCAAAGGAUGUUAAAUUGAUGUGUGUGCCAUAUCCCAGGAUGCAUUGCGGCUUCGUGUUGGAUGUUCUUGGGUAGGAAGGUCCUUCCUUAUUUCAGUUUGUACCACACUCCCCCACCAACGUAGCCUGCCUGGAAACAUUAAUACCGCUUUUAAUUUGGCAUCUGAGACAAUAAAAGAAAGGUGUUAAAUCAACAUGUUUUUUUCUUAUGUUUUAAUUUAUUUACCUUUUUUAUUUCUCAAUGGAGUCUAACUGUUUCAACGAUUAAAGCAUAGAUGAUUAUAUAGGCUUAAGUGACAUUUUACAGCGCAAAACACGUCUGUGCGUUAACUCUAGAGUUGCGGUUUUUAAAACAUUGAAAUUCUCAAAAGGAAGAAAUGGUGCUGUUGACUGUGGCGGACAAGUGCAAUGUACUGUAUCUCCACUAGGUGGCAGCAUACAUACGUCAAUAGUAAAAUCCACACUUUGUGUGGAUCAAGAGUACUAGUUUGCCUUUUUGAAAGCAACAAGUAUCACUUUGGCAAUAGCAAACUACAUUCAUUCACAUAAAACACAAGUGGUUUACAGAAGAAACCUGCCCACAAGGCUUAGAAACAGUGCAAUCUUAGUAUAAUUAGAAUAAAGCGUAUAAAGUGAAACCAUGAUGCUCUGCUCGUCUUCCUCAAUGUCCUGCGCAGGGUAGCCCUGCACCGUCAUGAUGUCAUCAUGAUGUCACUCUGAUGUCAUCGCCUCUCGCGUGUCAUCGCCUCCUCGCACCUGGAACCUUUAAGCAAGCAUGACCUCAUCGUCCCCGGCUCUUCACCUCUCAUCUCGUGUGUGUGUGUGUGUGUGUCAGGCGUGUGUGUCAGGCGUGUGUGUCAGUCGUGUGUGUGUGUGUCGGGCGUGUGCGUCAGUCGUGUGUGUGUGUCGGGUGUGUGUGUGUGUGUGUGUGUGUGUGUGUCAGUCGUGUG